AACAACCAACUAUCCUGGUCCAUAUCGCGUGGAACGAGUUGUUCCUUGGAAGGUGAUUUUCAGCGGCCACGACUUUAACAAGAUACAAUUAAGUCCAGAUUUUUCGGUAAGUGAUCGUUACGUUUCUACUGGGCUCUCGUACAUGCCACGCUUUUCCUCGAAAAUAAGCGAGUUGUAUUCUUUUGGCUGCUUGAUUUUCUUUUACAUCCACUCGACAGCGAGUAAAGCAAACCUUUAGCGCAAAUAUCGUCGGAGUUAUAAAAAAUCUCGAAGAAUCGUGACUGCUUGUAAUUACUACGUUGUUGUCGCGAUUGUUGGACUCGAACACGGGUGAAGUGGCCUCGAAUUGUGUAUUGAAUCUUCACAACUGCCGCCUUUUGACGAUGCAUUUUCGCAAGCAAUUUACAAGACGACGGGCUACAAUAUUUCGACCAUGAAUUUGCAGCUUAUGUGCUACCAACCAUUGUCGCAUCUUAUUCAUUUUGCUAUGCGCUCGAUGCUGAGUCACACAGUAGUUUAACGAUGGCUCGAAGACAUUUGAUGCAUUAGAAUCGAGGUGACAAGCCUUUGUCCUGGUGCGUAUAACCCGAAAGGAAAUCGUAUAAAUUGCUGUAAUGCGUGCUUCGCACAAUCACGACGUUUUUUUAAAACCACAAGUCGAGCAAGAAAACUAUGCGUUGAAUAUCUGCACUGGCAGCCGCAUAUUCAGAAAAUACGUCACUAUCAAUAGCAUGCAACCAAUAAAACCAGACUUGUUUUCGUGCAUCCUUAACUUAAACCUGGACAAAUUUACUCGCAACUUGAUUGAUGACUUUCUGCCUUUGAAAACGCAAUCGGUUCUCUAAAUUAAUCUUGUUCCAUGGCUCGAACGUCAAAACCAUCCGGUUUAUAACUAUGUUUCGCACAGAAGAGAAAGGUUUGUGCCAUAAUGGGGAAAUCACUUGCUCGAGAAUGCGAAAGCGAAUAGCACAAAAUUGAGUUGGAAGCUUGUUUUAAUGCAUCGUAAGGGUGUAUGUCACGUUGAAAGAUCAUAAAAAACACUGAGCUGAAGCUUUAGAGAGGUACCAUCGAAAGUAGUGGCAACCAGAUUAAAAAUUUCUACAAGGUACACACCAGCAUUCACUUUCGAGCGCCGUUGCGAAUGAAUUGAUCAGAACUUGUACAUCUGUUUCAUAUCUUCGAGAUAUCUCAGAGGUUCGGGGCUUUGACGAAAAACUUGGUGGCCACUGUUUAUAAGUAAAUUUGAUGUCUUUUGUAUCGAAAAGAUAAAGUGCUGAUAUAAUGUUGUACUGUUGAUUAUGUAAUAGCUUUUUAGAACGUGAUUGAGGAUAUGAAUGAAUCUUCAUCAAUUGUAAAGGAUGCGUUGGACAUAGUCACUUGAACGAUCUUCAACAUUAUCGAUGCAAAGCUUUGUUUGAACCUCUUGAUGCGUACAAGGCAUACUCUGUUUACGCUGCAUUGACGAUCAUACAGAUUAUAAACAGACUGAAAAACGACCAACAAAGUUUUUUCUACUUGGAAGUAUAGAAAACCUCUCACCAAGUAUUAAGGUCCUGUAAACUACUUCUCUGCUACUCAACGUCGCUUUGUUCAGGACUAUAUCAUUCAAUACAUGAUAAUACUCGGGAUUAGCUUCAACACAGUCACGCAGUGCAAAUGUCUGCAGUCCACACUUUUCGAUAAAAUCGUCACCGCUUUUCUUGCAGUAGUCUAACAUGUUUACCACACAGAAAAUUCCUUACCACACGGACCUGCCUUCAUAAAUUUGCAAAAAACACACUCAGCUUUAGGUGCUAGACUCUUGCCUGUAGCCACGUCAGUGUGAGAGAAGACACUCAGUUCCUUGCAACGCUAGGUCUUCACUUUGCCUGAUUUCGAUUUUCACAAGGCGGGCCUUGACAGCUGGAAAGGGGCUAAAGAGCGACGGGUGUUUGAUUGGAAGCUCGCCAGUCCAUUUUUUCAAUUCAUUUUCGUCAUCCAGUAUAUAAUGCAGCUUAUCACUAGCACGCAAACGC